AUGGCACCAAGUCGACCAGCCGCUUUCAAGUAUCGCACUUCCAAGCUUUUCUCGGACCUUCCUCUCGAACUUCAAAUAAUGGUCUGGAAACAUUCGUUUCCUGCUGGUCGAGCAGCAUUUAUAGAUUAUGCCAUGUGCCCGAAUCAAAUAAAACUUGACGAGCGACGUACUGGGCUACCAAUCACGUUGGCGAUUUGCAUGAUCAGCCGUAAAGUAACGAUGGAGCACUACACUAUAGUUGAUCGACAUGGUGAAGAUAGUAGGGCUGUAUAUACAAAGCCAUUCUGCUUUAACCCAGAAGUAGAUACGCUGUGUAUCACUUACGACUUCAUAGAAGAAUACAAUUCAGAAAGAGUUCGCAACGACUGGUAUGAGAAAGUUGAUGAAGCGCUUAAGAAGAGAGGUGCCUUGAAAGGCGUCGGUCUAAAAGGUGUUAGAUCAUUAGACGUGCGAGACGUCGUUACAAGCUUGCCAGUUGUCACGUCGGAUAUUUCAUGGUUUCUCCCGCGUGUGUAUAAGAACAGCUUCUUGAGUAGAUUUGAAAGCCUUGACAGGCUGGUCUUCACAAGUGCCUGUGCCACAGACGACCGGCUUCCAUUGCCUAGAACCGUGGCUCUCGAGUCGCUAGGAGAGUGCGAACUUUUCUGGGAUAACCUUGCCAAGUAUCUUGAGAAUAAAAGGAAUUCGCACAAGGGUAAACUGGUUGCCAAGGAGAACAUUAUUGUAAGAGAAUACGAAGCUCCACAAGGUCUAUCUGCACUGGAAAAUUUGGAUAAAAUGUGUUGGCUAUUUUGA